CCAUAAGAAUAUCUUCACUUUGUUAGCCCACAACGCAAUCCUCGAGUUUAUAAGGUGUUGGGGUUCGAUUAAAUUUAUGUUACCUCUUUUGACACACCCUACCUUUCGUAUACGUCACGUCUCUAAAUUCUCGAAGUCAAGAGAUGGCGGAACGUCAACUGAUCUGACCUUAAAGCUAUCGCCAGCUAUUAUUUUCGCUGCGCAAGUUUAAAAUAUCAUAGCGCAAUAAAUUGUUUGGAAUGUGUAUGCAGGACCAUAAUUCUUGAUGUGUUUUAUUCCAGGAACAAGCACCCCAGAGACAUGAAGCAUCCACGUCUUUACCACAAACACAAUCGAAGGCAGUCGCAACUUUAAAAUCAGAACAGAGACGUGUAUCUCCAUAUGAUGAAGGUGAUGCAAAAUCUGCGCAACUCUCAAGUAUUAAACCAGAAAUUCAUGUCUCUCAUCAGCAAAUGGUGCCUAGUGACAUAUCCAAUAUCCCUGCCUCCUCACUCGAUGCAGUUAAUAAACCGAAAACACCACCUCUAGAAUCAUAUGAAGUAAGUGAGUUAACGAAGACGCUUGAACCGUUGAAUAUCAGAUCGAGACCUCAUCUUCGAACUCAACCUUCAAAAGCUGCUACCAAAUCGAAAGCUUCCGGACAGCAUCCUGGUCCCAGGAGUAAACCCGUAAAAGGCUUUCAGCCUCCUACAACCACUUCUACUCGACCACCCCGGUCAGAAAAAGCAGAACCAAGGCCCCCUCGUCGACCAGACAAAGGUGGUACACUAGGCCGACGAAUCAAGCUACGUGUGAACUUUCUUCCUGUGAGUUUGCCAGAAAUAGAUAUUCAUCAUUACCGUACCGAAAUCAUCGCGAAAGGCUACGAGUCUGGCAAAGGGUAUACAAAGAGGGAAGCUCCCAAGAUAAUAAAAUGCAUGGUUGAGCAGUAUCAAAACGCUAAUCCACAUGGUCCAAAACUGGUAUAUGACAAGAACGGAGAAAAUGUAUACUGCAAAAUACCGAUUCCUGGUAUUGAGAACAGUCGUGAAUACCAGGUUUUGUUUUCCACGGAUAAUGGUAAGCAACGGGAAUACACCGUUAAGAUCAAGUGGGUUAGCAAAGUCAGUUUAUACGACUUAAACGAGGCACUUAAAGGAAAUCGGACAGAGAUACCAUACGAUGCAAUGCAAGCUGUAGAGGUCGUGUUGCGACACCUGCCGAACAUGAACAGUAUUCCGAUAGGAUCAUCCUUUUAUAAUCAUCCAGAUGGGCGUGAGAAAGAGCUCGGAUUUGGCGUACAAGUUUGGAAUGGGACAUUCCUUAGUAUUCGACCAACGCAAUGGAAGAUGAUGAUGUUGAAUGUGGAUACUUGUUCCACUGUGAUCUAUAAAGCACAGCCUGUCCUGAAUUUUUUGUGUGAGUACUUCGGGUUGGAGAGGCCACCAAGGUAUCUUAGUAGCGAACAAAUAGAGGAUUUCAAUGAUGAGAUUAACGACCUCAAAAUUGAGACGAUUCAUGUCAAGAGGAAACAGAGAGUUGCUGGUUUAUCAACCGAAUCAGCUAAGAAAAAAAUAUUCGAUUGUGAUGGUAAAAGUGUAUCUGUGUUUGAGUAUUUUAAAGAGAGACAUAACAUUACGCUUCUGUAUCCAGAUCUUCCUUGCCUUAAGCUAGGUAACAAUGGCGCUUGUAUUCCAAUGGAACUCUGCAACAUUAUGGAAGGUCAACGCAAACAAGGGAAACUCACGAAGGAACAGUUACAAACAAUGAUAAAACACACAGCUCUACCAGCACCUGAACGCCAACAGUUAAUCAAUAAUUUAGUUCGAAGUGCUAAGUUUGAUAAAGACGAAUUCCUCGCGGACUUUGGUUUUAAAGUUAGUCAAGAUUUGCCACGACUAACAGGAAGAGUGUUAAAGCCGCCAACGAUUGAAUAUGGGCAAGCGGAGAAGGAAUUGCCAAGAAACGGUGCAUGGAACAUGCAACACAAAUCGUAUAAGACGGUUGAUUUAAAAGAAUGGGCAAUAGUUUCGUUCGAGAAUCAACGUUUUUUGAAUGGUGUAGGUCUAGAUAAAUUUGUUAGCUCUUUAGUUCAAGCAGGAAGAGAUAAAGGCUUUUCCAUCCACCCAUCCCCUUGCUAUCGUGAGUUUAUGCAUGGAUCGGAAAGAAUCGGUCGGCUGUUUCAAGAUUUAUCCCGCCGUUAUCCCAAUUUGCAACUCAUCAUCGUUAUUUUACCUGGUAAAGGAAACCUUGAUGCAUAUUACGAAGCAGUCAAGUAUUUCGGCGACGUCUUUUACGGCAUUCGAACCCAGGUAAUUAAGGCGAAUACAGCCAGCAAGAAAGCUAGUGACAGGCAAACAAUGGCAAAUAUUUGUCUGAAGAUUAACGCAAAACUCGGUGGUACGACGUCCAUUCUAGACAAACGUGAGAGAUCGGAAAUACUUGGUCGACCCGUGAUUAUUUUUGGAGCUGAUGUCACACAUCCAUCACCACGUGACGUGAAUAGUCCAUCAAUUGCUGCUGUCGUUGCUAGUAUGGACUCGAACACAAACCUUUACAGUGCUGAAGUGCGCGUCCAAGAACGGCGUAAAGAAGUUAUUACGGAGUUGAAGGACAUUGUUAAAAAUCUCUUGAAAAAGUUUAGGGCAGCAACUCGUGCACAACCUGAAAAAAUUAUCUUCUAUCGAGAUGGUGUAGGUGAAGGACAGUUCAAAGAUGUCCUCCUUCAGGAGCUUCGCGCAAUCCAACUUGCGUGUUACGAAUUGCACGAGAGCUUUAAACCAGCCAUCACUUUUAUUGUUGUCCAGAAGCGUCAUCACACCCGGUUCUUUGCUGAAGAAACCAGAGAUCAAUGCGGAAAGAGUAAGAAUAUCCCUCCUGGAACGGUCGUCGAUACAGAUGUAUGCCAUCCCUAUGAGUUCGAUUGGUACCUGUGCAGUCAUGCUGGUAUACAAGGAACUAGUAAGCCAGCACAUUAUCAUGUUUUAUACGAUGAUAGUAAUUUUACGUCUGAUCAGUUGCAGACCUUGUCUAAUCAAUUAUGUCAUACCUACGUGCGGUGCGCCAGAGCUGUUUCCAUACCUGCCCCUGCCUACUAUGCUCAUCACGUAGCAUUCCGAGCGCGCUAUCAUUUAGGAAUGCUGACAAGAGGUCGAAGAGGCAAUGCUCUUUCGCUUAAGGAGAUGUCAGAUGCGGUGAAUAUACACGCAAGAAUGACGAAUACGAUGUAUUUUGCAUAAAGAUGCACAGUCAAGCCAAUGGAGUUUCUGUUUAAAAAUUACUUGUAUUUUGAACAGUUACGUUGUCUUUUUACGGCAGGGCUAAAACCUUGAUUUUCGGAAACAAAACUAUAAACGUUUAUUAUAUGGCAUUUAUUGGCAUUUAUACUUGAAAAAAAACCCAAGAAACUAAGAAAGUUAUAAUUUGAAAUGCAUAUUAAUAGCGUGGUACACAUUUGGUCGAAGAAAACAAAAAAUACCAAUGUAAUUCAAUUAAAUACCAAUUUCCACUAAAAACCAUUCGCAAAUAUCUUAUUAAUAACAAAUUAAAUUAUAAUUUCAAAUUUUCAAUUAGUUUUGAUGUUUUAGAAUGCAUGCGUUUGUUUUUACAACCGCUGAAAGUGCUUCUCAGCCAAUCACCGGAAAUGCUUGCCAUAUAAUAAAAGCCUAUAUUCACUUCGCCUUCGGCUCAGCGAAUAUAGGCUUGUAAUCACCUCGCCUUCGGCGGCUAAUUGUUAAAUAUACCAAAUGCUAGAUGCGUUUACUCACCCAGUGCACUUUUCCAACUUUUCCAUUUAUUAGCUUGUUGAUCCUAUUUGUAGCUCCAAAUCACUCAUGACUAGAAAUACAGUGUGUAUAAAAAAAACUGACCCUUUCACAUUCAAAUUAGCUAUAACAUAUUGCAGUAAUUUGACAGCUCUAAUUGCUUUGAACACAAGGUGUUGUACUCGAUCACGGGACAAAACUCAAAGAAAUAAAAAUUAGAAAAUUUAAAUUUUACCAUACGUCACCAUACAACGUUAUACAAGACUAUACAACAAUAUAUAAGGCUAUACGACACUGUACGGCACUAUACAACGUUAUACAAGACUAUAUGACACUAUGCAAGACUAUACAACACUAUACUACACUAUAGACGACUAUUAUACAAGAAUAAUUACUGACGGUCAUAAUAACCUAUUGUUUUCUCUCUGCAUUAUAUCAGCGAAUGUCGAGAAGUUUUAGCGUUCUUCUAAAAAACGGGAGCGGUCUUUUUUAAUUGUAGGGAAAUUCCCAGG